AGCAGCUGAUGAAAAGGAAAGCCUCAGUGUGUCCUCAGUCCAGAGUGCUGGGUAGCCCUUGCAUUCCUUAACAACAGCUUGCAGGCCUGAUAACUGGCCCAGACUAUGGCUUCUUGGUCCAGUCCAGCCUCAGUGAAGGAAAUUCAUAUCUUGGAGAUGAUCUGAAUGCCGGGCAGUUUUGACGGCAUGUUUACUCGUGGGAGGAGUGGGGAUUGUGAGGGUAUCGAUAGGAAUCUGUCUUUUGUAAUAGGAUUUGGUCUGUGUGUUAAUGGAAUGAACUGGCCUUUUCUGCUGUACUUCCUUUGUCCUUGCUGAGAAAGGAGGCUGAAGUUUCCUAGGGCUAUUGAUGAAACUGGCAACUGUAAGAGGAAUUGUGGACUUUUGACCUCCUUGAUGGUAACAGAGGGUGUUCAGGGACUUUGGAGAGCCCACAGGUUGGUGUAAGGACUAAGAGGUAUAUUACGUUUUUGCUUCAAAACAGGAAUAUAAAACACAAAGUAAAGCAAUAACUUACACUUUCUGAGCACUUCUUUUUAAGAAGUUUCUAUAAUCCUGUGUCAUUUGACAUUGUUUCAAAGCAACCAACACAGAAUGGUUUUCUUUAGGAGGCCAUUUUCUUUUCAUUUGUCAUGAAGGUUUGCUGUUAGUUUGAAGAAAAACAUCCACCUUGUUUCACAGGCCUCACUGCAUACCUUUUUCUACUAUAGAUACAGCACCUUCCUUCCUUUUUUUUUCUCAAAAAUAUCAAAUUCCCAAGUAUUUAACUUAAGAAGAAUAAUUAACUAAGAAUAUUUUGUUUUCUUGUUUUAACAAUUCUUAAAUUGAAGUAACUGUUAGACUUAAUUGAAGUGACUCCCUGGCCUUCUGCCCCAUCCCGUCCCCCUCCUCUGCCUGCAUCCCUCACCAACAAAACCAUGAGUGAACAUGUAGAGAGACAGUAGUCUCUGUGUAGAAGGAAAGCUUCAGUGUUUAGCUAAUUAAUUGCUAAUAAAAUAAUCUUAAAAACAAAUUGUAUAUCCUCUGUAUUUCAGAACCCCUCAAUUUCUCACACAUGUGCAAACGAAAAGUCUAGAUAUUUGGUUAUUUCUCUGAGUCACUUUCAUAAGUAUUUGGUCUGGUACAUGAACCAGAAUUAAUGGAGUGGGGUUAGGCAGGAGAUUAUUCAAAGACAAAUACCGAAGAUUUUGUUUUAUGCGUCUAUUCCAGGGUAUUUCUGAAAGAACUUGAAAAGGAGGAUGGUGUGUGGUUAUAAGUCCUAAAACUAUGGGCACAGAUCUAAUUCAUAUUAAUACUUUUCUCUCACUGGUGCUUUAUGUGAUGCUUUUGCGAUCAUUUAUAAUUGGUCUCAUCCACACACGCACACCCUCUGGACUUGUCCAUGGGGUUUAGUUUCUGUAUUCACUGCCUUUCAUCACCUCUCAUAGUCCAGGUGUUCUGGUAAAGCUGGUCCUUGGUUUGUAUGUUUUAAGUUAUUCUAGGUGCAUAUUUACUGCUAGCUACACAUUUUGCUGCAUCUAGCUCCAGAGCUGUUUUUUCCUUCGUUGCGUGUUAAGAUUUUCUGAUCAUUGGAGUCACAAUUUACCUUGCUGUACAUUUCGUGAACAUCUGCCUCCCACUACUACUGUUCUCAGGCGCAACAUCUCAUCAAAGAGCUCUGCAAACCUCUGUAACAGCUGAGAGGCAGACCAACUACUGCCCAGAAGAAAAGAUGUUUGGUUUUCACAAGCCAAAGAUGUACCGAAGUAUAGAAGGCUGCUGUAUUUGCAGAGCUAAGUCCUCCAGCUCUCGAUUCACUGACAGUAAACGCUACGAAAAGGACUUCCAGAGCUGUUUUGGGUUGCACGAGACUCGUUCGGGAGACAUCUGUAAUGCCUGUGUCCUGCUUGUGAAAAGAUGGAAGAAAUUGCCAGCGGGAUCAAAAAAAAACUGGAAUCAUGUGGUAGAUGCAAGGGCAGGACCCAGUCUGAAGACUACGCUGAAACCAAAGAAAGUGAAAACUCUAUCUGGAAACAGGAUAAAAAGCAACCAGAUCAGCAAACUGCAGAAGGAAUUUAAACGUCACAAUUCUGAUGCUCACAGUACCACCUCAAGUGCCUCCCCCGCUCAGUCUCCUUGUUACAGUAACCAGUCAGAUGAUGGCUCUGACACAGAGAUGGCUUCAGGCUCUAACAGAACGCCUGUUUUCUCCUUUUUAGAUCUCACGUACUGGAAAAGGCAGAAAAUAUGUUGCGGGAUUAUCUAUAAAGGCCGUUUUGGGGAAGUCCUCAUCGACACACAUCUAUUCAAGCCUUGCUGCAGCAAUAAGAAGGCGGCUGCUGAGAAGCCGGAGGAGCAGGGGCCAGAGCCUCUGCCCAUCUCCACUCAGGAGUGGUGACUGAGGUUUACGUAGAAGGGGAACAAAAAACGAUUUACCUUUUAGGGGGGGACCCCCACAGCAACAAAAUGGCCCUCCUAUUUUUAACUUGGAUACCCGCUAUUCUGCCAAAAGACAAUUUCUAGAAUAGUUCUGAAUGGGUUAUUUUUUCUUCAUCUUUACAAGUUCCACAAACUAUGAAGCCAGUAUCUAGCUAACUAAGAGGAAAAAACGACAUGUACAUAAUAUUUAAGAUGCUGAGUAUUUCAUAGGAAAGCUGAAUGCUGCUGUAAAGUGCUCUUUAAGUCUUUUUCUUUUAAAUCCCCUUCUAAUGAAUGAAACUAGGGGAAUUUCAGGGGACUGAGGUGGGAUUUGGGUGUAUGAUAAAUGUCUGUAGGUUUAGUCUUUCUGUAUUGAGAAGCAGUGGUUGGGGCAUUUUUAAAGAUGGCUGACUACACUUAGUUUCCUUCAUAAUAAAUUUGUCAUAACUCAGUAACCUGGACUUGCCCCUAGAGGUAGUUGUUAAUAAUUUUGAAAUAUUAAGGUCUGGCCAAGGUUCUGAUGAUUCAAACCUAUACUACUGAAUAUUAAGCAGGACAGACUAGCUCUCUGCACAUACCUUGAAGGAGUAAUUUUCUAAGUAUACAAAGAGGUAACUGGACUGUAUAUGUUGUAUCCUGUGUCACCUCCCUCGUGUGGAUAUUCGAUGAAGAUUUUAACUUAUAUGAAACCUUUGCAGCAGAAUCAGAGCCCCUCGUGGGGAGAUGGCAAGCCUUCAGGGUGAGCAGUCCCACAUGAGUAGUACCAAAGCUUUGCCCCACGACAGAGCACAGACUCGCUUAGAAAUGUCAAAUUGUCUGAGAAAUAAGAUGUGUACGUCUUUAGGAUGGCAUCACAGUAACAAAGGUUAAUGCUUCUUGGGGCACAUUUCUUAGAGGGCUCACUGAGUGUGUAAAUAACUGACUUUCGUUUGUGCUCCAUGACUGGUGACUUCACUGAAAAUCUACCCGAUUCAGUUUUAGCUCUGGAUUACUUCAGUUGACCUUUGUGAAGGUUUUUUCUGUGUAGAGUGUUUGACUUGUUCUAAUCUAUUAGGGCUUGGGGGUUUUUUUUCCACUGUGUUAAAGUAGAAUUCUAAUACAAGAAAGAGGUGUGUUAGUGCUAAGUGGGUUGGUUUUGGUUUGGCUUCUUUUAGUCAAGCUUUCUCAACACCGCGAUGUUAGACGUACAUUCUGAACGCGAGGUCCUUCAGUUCUAAAAUCUUUAUCAAAAGCCUGCUACUGGAACCCAAACCAAAGUGCUCUCAUUGCCUCUUGUCUCAGAGUUCAUGGAAAAUAUUAGCAGUUCACACUUUUCCUGACAAGGGAGGAUCAGUUGCCUGCCUUCUAAUGAAAUGACUCAGUGCUUAUUUUUAAAGCUGGAUUUAAAAAAAUUGGGUAGUAUAAAUAACAAUAAAGGAGUGAGCCACUUUUUAUGGGCACCCUGUAGUUUUAUAGUUUUUAAUCUAAACUUAAAAUUUUUAUAUUCCUUUUGGAAGAAACGACAAGCUACCGUAUGCACAGACAGCACAGUGAGUUGGGCCGGCUCUCCCACAGCCUUUAAGGUGUAUUGCAAGAGUCUCAGCCAUUAUCAUCUUCUUCCUGAGUUAUUUUGAAAUGGUUUUCUCUUUUUUUUUUUUGUACAUUUUGGCUACAGUGCUGGUGGUAGAAUAUACUAUAAUAUGGAUCAUCUCUACUUCUGUAUUUAUUUAUUUAUUACUAGACCUCAACCACAGUCUUCUUUCCCCUUCCACCUCUCUUUGCCUGUAGGAUGUACUGUAUGUAGUCAUGCACUUUGUAUUAAUAUAUUAGAAAUCUACAAGUCUGUUUUGUACUUUUUAUACUGUUAUAAUCAAAACUUUUACUAGGUUAUUGAAUAAAUUUAGUCUUAUUAGAAA